AUGUCCUUCAUCCGCCCUGUAUUCCCUUACCCAGCUCGCAUCCCUUCAUGGUUCGCAGGCCACAUGUCCCGUUCCCUCCGGGAACUGCCUACUCUACUAGAGAACAUAGAUCUGGUGAUAGAAGCUAGGGAUUCUAGAUUACCUCUAACCAGUAUAAAUUCGACUUUUGAUCAGAUGCUCUCUCGAGCGAAGAAGGGGAAGGGAAAGGAAAAAGAAAAAUUGGUGGUUUAUACUAAGAGGGAUUUAGCUGAAAGAAGAUACGAAGAGCCCCUCAAAAAAGCUUUUCUGCAGCAUGCAGGACAGAAAGUCAUGUUCGCCGAUACGAGGUCUGAUCAGGAUGUGAGAGAAGUACUAAGACAUGCUGUGCGGAUAGCAAGGGAGAAUCAAGAGAUUAUACCGGACUUACGAGUUUUAGUAAUUGGUAUGCCAAAUGUUGGUAAAUCAUCUCUACUCAACGCUUUGAGGAGAGUAGGUCUAAGGAAAGGCAAAGCAUUCCGAACAGGUGCAGAAGCAGGAAUAACCCGUAAAUUAACAGGGACAGUAAAGAUAUAUGAUAAUCCCAGUGUAUACGUCUAUGAUACACCGGGUGUUAUGGUACCUUACUUGGGUAGGGGGGAGGACGGGGCGGAGAAGGGUUUGAAAUUGGCUUUGACCGCGGGAAUCAAAGAAUCGUUAUUCGAACAAGACGCAAUGGUCGAUUACUUGCUGUGGAAAAUGAACAAAAGACUGAUAGCUGAAAAGGAUGAUCAGAAUAAACAUCAAACGUACUUAUCAUUGUUACCUCUCCCUUCCGACUUCCCUCCUACAGACGAUACAACCAUUCUCCUCGAUGCUCUGUCCGAAAGGCUCGGCACAUUGAAAAAAGGCGGCGAGAAAGAUCAUGAGGCCGCUUCUGGAUUUAUGAUCAGGGCGUUUAGGGAAGGCAAGUUGGGUGAAUUCACCUUGGACGAUUUGACUAUGACUUCACCUAAAUCUACAACCGAGAAAAUAGAUAAUCAGAAAGAUACUGAUAGUCAAAAUACUAUCACUCACACGAGUGAUGAUGGAAAUGUCGGUAUAAAUGAAAUUCAGAAAUCAACGAUGAAGAAUGAAAAUGCAAAAGACCACAACAACAAUGAUCACGAUCAGCUACAAGAAACAACCACCUCGACUACCUCCGAUCUAGAUUAUCAAGUAUCCCAAACUGUCAAACAAUACCUAUCCCUCACCUCCCCUUCUUCAUCUGCAGACUCAACCUCAAGCAGUUUCAGUGGGAUAUCGAUGAAUCAGCAGAAAAAAGCUGAUAAGCGACUUAGGCUAGAAGAGAGGGAUAAUAAAUUACGGGCUAAAGGUGUGAACGUACCUAUUAGACAGUGGGGUAAUAAGAAGAAAAAGGGAUUGGGGUUGGGGAGAGGUGAAGCCGGGAAAAUGGCUAGGAGUAGAAGGUAG